AUGAACUUUUGCCAAUCAUCGAGGGGAUACUUUUGCUGCGCGAUGCACCUGAGCCCGUUGCAGUCACGGUUGGCGGCUUCGGUUGCUGCGUCUUGCUUGUUGGUUUUGUUGUAUUGGAGCCUCUUUUCGCCGCACUUUGCCGUUGCCGAGCUCGACCGGCCGCCGCGGCUGUUACCGAUUGUAUUCGAUGACGACCUCGAUUUUACGCCCAACCUCCCGGCGGGCGGGCCGAUGUAUGAGCCGGAUUUCAUAGGGUUCGACAGGAGCAUCAUUGGGCGGGCAGCGGACGGGUUGUUGAAGCUGGAGAACACGGACCCUACGCCUAUGGACUUGGAGGAGGGGAGCACGACGAGGUUUUGGUUUCCUUUGGCGGUUCUUGCUGGGCGGGAAGGGGGGGGGGGGUUGGAGUUGAGAGGUGAGGGUGAAGGUGAACAAGAAGAGGAGGGGCUGUUGGGAGAGAGGCAGGCUUCCAGCAGGACGAUCUACAUCUCGGUCAACACUUGCAAACAACCGACUGCUCUCGAACCGGACAAGACGAAAGAGAUGGAACCGCCGCAGUUGACGCUUUUUGUGUCAAAGUCGGCCGAGUAUCAGGCUCCCGGACCGUUGGCGGACAUGUCGACUCAGCAUAUGUUGCCGUUUGUGGAGGGGGCUGUCAAUUUCAACUUCACGGCCACGGAGGAUGUUUACAUUGCGGUUCACGCGCCGAACGUGUCGGAUGUUUUUGAGGGGAAAUACAACUUUGAGAUUGCGGUCUCGGGGGAGGGGUAUUACUUUGCGUAUAACGAUCAGGAUGACACGGAUCUCAUCUGGGUGGAUAGUGACUCCCAGGGGGCCCUGCUGAUCACGCACCUUCAAUGGAAAGGUCAGUCUCUCCUAGAACAGGCGCUCCCCAAC